UCUCCCCCCGCCAUCAUACCGCAUCCAUCCCUCCCUGUGACGCUUUGUAGGGGUGUAUACCGAGGCAGCAGCUCCUGAGACCGCUGCAGAGUCGCAUCUCCUCCGUAUGGUUAGAGGGAGAACUGAUAUCUGAUCAUCGAUUAAGACAGAUCUAUAUAUUUUAGCAACACUUUAAUCCGUGUUUUUAAAGGCAUAAUUGCGCGAGAUUUCCUCCUGGAUGGAAUAGACGUCAAGGCCAUUUUCCUGUGGGCGCGAGACUGUUGACAGUUCUUGGGCUGGACCGGAGACGGAAAGAUCAAUGUGAUUGAUCAAUCUCCCUCCUCCCUGGAAGACAUCGGACUGUUGUGGAGCAGCUAGGCUGCUCGCGUGGGACGGAGGGAAUAACGGACAUUUACAUUGAAGCAGCGCACAAAGGGAAAAACAUUAAUGUAGUCUACCGACAAUAACUUUUAGGCUACACGGUGCGUGUGUCGGUUUGAUUGGGAAAUGAAGCAGGCCCGGUUUAACGCGGGGAGGAGGGCUCGGUCUGGGCCGUGUGUGUUGCGGCAGGGUUCGAGUGGUGUCGGUAACAUCAUCAGUAACGUCCUGAAGAAAAGGAACGGAAUCUCACGGAGAGCGCCCCGUCUGCUCUGCACGCUCGAGCCAGGAGUGGACACCAGGUUAAAGUUCACCAUCGAACCUUCUCUGGGCAAGAACGGCUUCCAACAGUGGUAUGAUGCUCUGAAGGCUGUGGUCAGACUUCCUACAGGCAUCCCUAAAGAGUGGAGGAAGAGGGUAUGGCUGACUCUGGCUGAUCAGUACCUCCACAGUAUCUCUAUCGACUGGGACAAAACUCUUCGCUUCGCUUUCAACGAACGCAGUAACCCUGACGAUGACUCACUGGGCAUCCAGAUUGUUAAGGACCUCCACAGGACAGGAUGUAGUUCAUACUCCGGCCAGGAGGGGGAGCAGGACCGGGUGGUGCUGAAGAGGGUACUCCUGGCGUACGCUCGCUGGAAUAAGGCUGUAGGAUACUGUCAGGGCUUCAACGUACUGGCAGCUCUCAUACUGGAUGUUACAGAGGGCAACGAGAGCCACGCACUCAAGGUGAUGAUCUACCUGAUAGACAAGGUGCUACCAGAGAGUUAUUUUGCCAACAACCUGCGUUCCCUGUCUGUGGACAUGGCUGUGUUUAGAGAUCUCCUGAGGAUGAAGCUGCCCCAUCUCUCACAGCACCUACACCUCCUGCAGAAGACUGCUGAUAGAGAGGCUGGAGGCAGCUACGAGCCUCCUCUGACCAACGUCUUCACGAUGCAGUGGUUUCUGACCAUGUUUGCUACGUGCCUGCCCCACAACACAGUGCUGAAGAUCUGGGACUCUGUGUUCUUCGAAGGUUCUGAGGUUCUGCUGAGGGUGGCUCUGGCUAUCUGGUCUCACCUGGAGGAGCAUAUAGAGUACUGUCAGACCGCAGACGACUUCUACAGCACCAUGGGAUGGAUCACUCAGGAGAUGUUGGAGAACAGCCUCAUAGACUGUAGCCACCUCAUGCAGACGGUGUACUCCAUGGCUGUGUUCCCAUUCCCUCAGCUGGCUGAACUCCGAGAGAAAUAUACCUACAACAUCACCCCCUUCCCCACCUCCACCUCCAACGGCAGCGGUGGUCUAGGUGGCUGGGAGGGUGAUGAAGACGAGGAUGAAGAUGAAGAUGCAGUGGUGACAGCAGCGUUGGGAUGUUUGGGUCCGCUGGGGGGGCUGUUAGCUCCAGAACUACAGCGGUACCAGAGACACAUCAAAGAGCAGCGUGGGGUGGAGCAGGGAGGGAACAUGGCAGACCUGAGUCCCGGGGCGGUGGACGGUGGCGGCAGAGGAGAGCAUCAAGCGGCCAUCAACAGUAUGUUGCAGGAGAGGAUGAGUACCGACAUCAGGGCUCUGAAGAAACAGUACUCACGUAUCAAGAGACAUCAGCAACAACAGGCCAGGCAGCUGUACAUACACACAGAUAGAUGUCCAGCCACCAGCGUGUUAGCAUCUCAGCUCCAUCCUUCUCCUGUCGUCAACCACCUGUUGCUAGGCAGGAAGCCCAGGACCAGCCUGAAACAGCCUCCCUCCUCUCCCUCCAGCCUGCGAGGUGUUCCCCUGCCCCAGGCACAGUCCAGCCCUGCCACCCCUAGCGGGGAGAGGGGGAGGAACAGACUGGUAUCUCAGGCUGAAGACUGUCAGAGCAGGGCGGGGUCCCCCUGGCGCGCCCACGUACGUGCCCACCGCAGGAACAUAGCCCGGGCACGGGUACAGCUAGGGUUUGGAGACAUGGAGGACAGACACCCUCAUCAGACGGAGGAGGACGACAGACACCCUCAUCAGACGGAGGAGGACGACAGACACCCUCAUCAGACGGAGGAGGAGGAGGACGACAGACACCCUCAUCAGACGGAGGAGGAGGAGGACAGACGCCCUCAUCAGACGGAGGAGGAGGAGGACGACAGACGCCCUCAUCAGACGGAGGAGGAGGAGGACAGACGCCCUCAUCAGACGGAGGAGGAGGAGGAGGACAGACGCCCUCAUCAGACGGAGGAGGAGGAGGACAGACGCCCUCAUCAGACGGAGGAGGAGGAGGAGGACAGACGCCCUCAUCAGACGGAGGAGGAGGAGGAGGACAGACGCCCUCAUCAGACGGAGGAGGAGGAGGAGGAGGACAGACGCCCUCAUCAGACGGAGGAGGAGGAGGAGGAGGACAGACGCCCUCAUCAGACGGAGGAGGAGGAGGAGGAGGACAGACGCCCUCAUCAGACGGAGGAGGAGGAGGAGGACAGACGCCCUCAUCAGACGGAGGAGGAGGAGGAGGACAGACGCCCUCAUCAGACGGAGGAGGAGGAGGAGGACAGACGCCCUCAUCAGACGGAGGAGGAGGAGGAGGACAGACGCCCUCAUCAGACGGAGGAGGAGGAGGAGGACAGACGCCCUCAUCAGACGGAGGAGGAGGAGGAGGAGGACAGACGCCCUCAUCAGACGGAGGAGGAGGAGGAGGAGGACAGACGCCCUCAUCAGACAGAGGAGGAGGAGGAGGAGGAGGACAGACGCCCUCAUCAGACAGAGGAGGAGGAGGAGGAGGACAGACACCCUCAUCAGACGGAGGAGGAGGAGGACAGACGCCCUCAUCAGACGGAGGAGGAGGAGGACAGACGCCCUCAUCAGACGGAGGAGGAGGAGGAGGACAGACGCCCUCAUCAGACGGAGGAGGAGGAGGAGGACAGACGCCCUCAUCAGACGGAGGAGGAGGAGGAGGACAGACGCCCUCAUCAGACGGAGGAGGAGGAGGAGGACAGACGCCCUCAUCAGACGGAGGAGGACAGACGCCCUCAUCAGACGGAGGAGGACAGACGCCCUCAUCAGACGGAGGAGGAGGAGGACAGACGCCCUCAUCAGACGGAGGAGGAGGAGGACAGACGCCCUCAUCAGACGGAGGAGGAGGAGGACAGACGCCCUCAUCAGACGGAGGAGGAGGAGGAGGACAGACGCCCUCAUCAGACGGAGGAGGAGGAGGAGGACAGACACCCUCAUCAGACGGAGGAGGAGGAGGAGGAGGACAGACACCCUCAUCAGAUGGAGGAGAGAGAUGGAGUGGGUGAGGGAAAGGCUGAUGAUGAAGAGGGUAGUCACCUCCCUGUGUCUCCUGCCCAGGCCUCCAGUAACGAGGUGCCAGCUGUGGUGGAAGAGGAGGAGCAUCUGGUGUCUCUAGAGCUGGACUCUGGAUCAGAACUAAACCAGACCCCACCUCCACUACUCUCUCCUAGAGAGACUGACCCAGACACACGACCCUCCUCUCCUAGAGAGACUGACCCAGACACACGACCCUCCUCUCCCACCAUCCCAGAGCUGCCUGUCCUGCCUCCUCUUCCUCGACCACCCUCAUCACACCACCACCACCACCACCACGGUCAACAGUCUGACCCUUCAGUCUCCUCUCUGAGCAUCUACUGUAUGAGACACUCCCCUGUUACCCCCUCUAACCCCCACACCCCUGGUAGCCCUGUUACCCCCUCUAACCCCCCUACUCCUGUUACCCCCUCUAACCCCCAUGUUACCCCCUCUAACCCCCAUGUUACCCCCUCUAACCCCCCUACUCCUGUUACCCCCUCUAACCCCCAUGUUACCCCCUCUAACCCCCAUGUUACCCCCUCUAACCCCCAUGGUACCCCCUCUAACACCCCUACUCCUGUUACCCUCACUAACCCCCCUACUCCUGUUACCCUCACUAACCCCCCUACUCCUGUUACCCUCACUAACCCCCACACCCCUUGUACUCCUGUUACCCCCUCUAACCCCCCUACUUCUGUUACCCUCUCUAACCCCCCUACUCAUGUUACCCCCUCUAACCCCCACACCCCUGGUACCCCCUCUAACCCCCACACCCCUGGUACCCCAUUUAACCCCCAUACUCCUGUUACCCCCUCUAACCCCCACACCCCUGGUACCCCCUCUAACCCCCAUACUCCUGGUACACCGCUAUCCCCCACCCUCCCUCUCUCCUGCCCCUCCAUGCCCCAGGACCAGCCCAGGGCCACCCCCCAGCAGGUAUUCUCCCCCUCCCUCCCUCUCUCCUGCCCCUCCAUGCCCCAGGACCAGCCCAGGGCCACCCCCCAGCAGGUAUUCUCCCCCUCCCUCCCUCUCUCCUGCCCCUCCAUGCCCCAGGACCAGCCCAGGGCCACCCCCCAGCAGGUAUUCUCCCCCUCCCUCCCUCUCUCCUGCCCCUCCAUGCCCCAGGACCAGCCCAGGGCCACCCCCCAGCAGGUAUUCUCCCCCUCCCUCCCUCUCUCCUGCCCCUCCAUGCCCCAGGACCAGCCCAGGGCCACCCCCCAGCAGGACCAGCCCAGGGCCACCCCCCAGCAGGACCAGCCCAGGGCCACCCCCCAGCAGGACCAGCCCAGGGCCACCCCCCAGCAGGACCAGCCCAGGGCCACCCCCCAGCAGGACCAGCCCAGGGCCACCCCCCAGCAGGACCAGCCCAGGGCCACCCCCCAGCAGGACCAGCCCAGGGCCACCCCCCAGCAGGACCAGCCCAGGGCCACCCCCCAGCAGGACCAGCCCAGGGCCACCCCCCAGCAGGACCAGCCCAGGGCCACCCCCCAGCAGGACCAGCCCAGGGCCACCCCCCAGCAGGUGUUCUCCCCCUCCCUCCCUCUCUCCUGCCCCUCCAUGCCCCAGGACCAGCCCAGGGCCACCCCCCAGCAGGUAUUCUCCCCCUCCCUCCCUCUCUCCUGCCCCUCCAUGCCCCAGGACCAGCCCAGGGCCACCCCCCAGCAGGUAUUCUCCCCCUCCCUCCCUCUCUCCUGCCCCUCCAUGCCCCAGGACCAGCCCAGGGCCACCCCCCAGCAGGUAUUCUCCCCCUCCCUCCCUCUCUCCUGCCCCUCCAUGCCCCAGGACCAGCCCAGGGCCACCCCCCAGCAGGUAUUCUCCCCCUCCCUCCCUCUCUCCUGCCCCUCCAUGCCCCAGGACCAGCCCAGGGCCACCCCCCAGCAGGUAUUCUCCCCCUCCCUCCCUCUCUCCUGCCCCUCCAUGCCCCAGGACCAGCCCAGGGCCACCCCCCAGCAGGUAUUCUCCCCCUCCCUCCCUCUCUCCUGCCCCUCCAUGCCCCAGGACCAGCCCAGGGCCACCCCCCAGCAGGUAUUCUCCCCCUCCCUCCCUCUCUCCUGCCCCUCCAUGCCCCAGGACCAGCCCAGGGCCACCCCCCAGCAGGUAUUCUCCCCCUCCCUCCCUCUCUCCUGCCCCUCCAUGCCCCAGGACCAGCCCAGGGCCACCCCCCAGCAGGUGGUGUUCUCCCCCUUCCCGAGUGUAAAACAGCACAGGAGAUCAGCUGCGGCCCGUAACCUGGGCCUCUACGGUCCCACAGCCAGAACCCCCACAGUUCACUUCCCUCAGCUCAGCCUGAACCGUACGUCCUCCACUCUCUCCACCAGGAGGCGCUAGAGGCCACGCUUCACUGACUGACUGGCUCUGGGAGAUACAGCCUGAAUCUCUCUGAUGGUCUGGAUCUGUGGCAUUGUGGGGGGGUGACUGUACCUGAGAGAAACGGGCAUCGUCAGUAUCAGCUGUGGUCUGAUCCACUGCUGUAGGUAGACCCUUAACUUUUCACAGUGUAGGGGACUCUAUGUAACCCACUAUGUUGUAGUCAUCCCCCUGCUGGAAGCUGUGUACUGGGUCUGUCUGGUUGAACGACUCCCCUCUCAACCACUGGGAGAAGAAGAGCUGCUCUGUAACCCACUAUGUUGUAGUCAUCCUGCUGUGUACUGGGUCUGUCUGGUUGAACCUCAUCAUGGGACAUCUCUGUAACCCACUAUGUUGUAGUCACCCCCCCCUGCUGUGUACUGGGUCUGUCUGGUUGAACCUCAUCAUGGGACAUCUCUGUAACCCACUAUGUUGUAGUCAUCCCCCCUGCUGUGUACUGGGUCUGUCUGGUUGAACCUCAUCAUGGGACAUCUCUGUAACCCACUAUGUUGUAGUCAUCCCCCCUGCUGUGUACUGGGUCUGUCUGGUUCAACCUCAUCAUGGGACAUCUCUGUAACCCACUAUGUUGUAGUCAUCCCCCCUGCUGUGUACUGGGUCUGUCUGGUUGAACCUCAUCAUGGGACAUCUCUGUAACCCACUAUGUUGUAGUCAUCCCCCCUGCUGUGUACUGGGUCUGUCUGGUUCAACCUCAUCAUGGGACAUCUCUGUAACCCACUAUGUUGUAGUCAUCCCCCUGCUGUGUACUGGGUCUGUCUGGUUCAACCUCAUCAUGGGACAUCUCUUUAACCCACUAUGUUGUAGUCAUCCCCCCUGCUGUGUACUGGGUCUGUCUGGUUGAACCUCAUCAUGGGACAUCUCUGUAACCCACUAUGUUGUAGUCAUCCCCCUGCUGUGUACUGGGUCUGUCUGGUUGAACCUCAUCAUGGGACAUCUCUGUAACCCACUAUGUUGUAGUCAUCCCCCCUGCUGUGUACUGGGUCUGUCUGGUUGAACCUCAUCAUGGGACAUCUCUGUAACCCACUAUGUUGUAGUCAUCCCCCCUGCUGUGUACUGGGUCUGUCUGGUUCAACCUCAUCAUGGGACAUCUCUGUAACCCACUAUGUUGUAGUCAUCCUGCUGUGUACUGGGUCUGUCUGGUUCAACCUCAUCAUGGGACAUCUCUGUAACCCACUAUGUUGUAGUCAUCCCCCCUGCUGUGUACUGGGUCUGUCUGGUUGAACCUCAUCAUGGGACAUCUCUGUAACCCACUAUGUUGUAGUCAUCCCCCUGCUGUGUACUGGGUCUGUCUGGUUGAACCUCAUCAUGGGACAUCUCUGUAACCCACUAUGUUGUAGUCAUCCCCCCUGCUGUGUACUGGGUCUGUCUGGUUGAACCUCAUCAUGGGACAUCUCUGUAACCCACUAUGUUGUAGUCAUCCCCCCUGCUGUGUACUGGGUCUGUCUGGUUCAACCUCAUCAUGGGACAUCUCUGUAACCCACUAUGUUGUAGUCAUCCUGCUGUGUACUGGGUCUGUCUGGUUCAACCUCAUCAUGGGACAUCUCUGUAACCCACUAUGUUGUAGUCAUCCCCCCUGCUGUGUACUGGGUCUGUCUGGUUCAACCUCAUCAUGGGACAUCUCUGUAACCCACUAUGUUGUAGUCAUCCUGCUGUGUACUGGGUCUGUCUGGUUCAACCUCAUCAUGGGACAUCUCUGUAACCCACUAUGUUGUAGUCAUCCUGCUGUGUACUGGGUCUGUCUGGUUCAACCUCAUCAUGGGACAUCUCUGUUCACUCACCUUCUUUUCCAGGUCAAGUUCUCUUCACCAUAACACAAUGUUGAAACCUUCAGCUCCUUCCUCCUCUCGGCUCAUUUCUGUUUCCACUUCCUGUCUACCUGUUACUUCCUGUCAAAUGUCUCUCCACAGUAAGACGCCAUACUAAAAGAUCCAUAGACCAUAUCAUGUCAUUGAUCUGAUUGUAUUGUUCUCUACAGUCUGCCAAUGAUCUGGAUGUAUUGUUGGUAAAUGAACCCACACCAUUCUGGUGUCAGAGGUCACUGCACUCCUAAUAAAGAACGUGAAAGGA